ACUCUAGUAUGUACGACAUAUCUGUUGUUAAAUGGCUAUCGUUAUAGCUUGAAGCUGAAAGAGGGCUUCUACUCUUAACUUAUGAAUUCGAAGUCACGCCAAAUAGGCAUGCUUCGUAGCUUGACCCACGCUUUUAGAAGGGUCCGCCUUCGCCGCUAACAUGUGCCAAAGUCGUGUGCACGCAAACGUUUCUAUGUAUAAGACGUGGUGGAAUAGCAGACUCCGCACAAUUUCCAUUCAACCCUCCUUAUUUCAGCACUAUGCCAUCUUGUCCAUUAUGCCCGCCGCCUGGUGCCCAGGCAGCCUCCUUAACUGAAUUAGAAGCGCACAUCAAAAUGAAGCAUGUAGUAGCGGGAAUAAGUUGUAAAUUUUGCCAGAAGGACCUCAAGAAUAAUGCUGCGUUAAUUCAACAUCUCGCAUCUAAGAAGCACCACAAGUGCAAAGCGGGAUGUCCUUUGACAUUUAUGACAACCUCCGAGCUCAGCACGCACAUCAGGGUGGAUCACAACGCAGGACCUAAAGACCCUCCUGCAGCUGCCAGUAAAGCCAAAGCCACAAUCCCAGCCACGUUCCCCUGUGGCCCCUGUGGCAUGGACUUUGUCAGUCCCGAAGCGCUCCAGCACCACAUGAGCGUAGAUCAUGCACCUAAAAACCCAUGUCCAUCUUGUUAUCAGAGCUUCUCCUCAUCUGGCGCUCUUGAAGAACACCAGUCGAUCAGUCAUCCUGUGCCCAAAGUACAACCCAGCGUUUAUUUGGGAUGUUCCAUGUGCAAGCAGACAUUUGCCUCCGCAGACGAAUUGUAUGGUCAUAUUCGCGUCGCCCAUCCUCUCGAAACAUCGGCCAAGAAAGUGUAUCCUUGCCUUUCAUGCCACCACACGUUCUCAAAGAUGUCUAAGCUUACUGCCCACAGUGAAACUGCUCACCCCUCCGGGCCUGUUUGUGCUAUUUGUGGGCACAAAUGCCCGUCUCAACAUGUUCUUGAUGAUCAUGUCGCUGCAGUGCAUACAUCCGCACUCAGCAACUGCGGGGUAUGCAAUGUGGCGUUUAGCUCCGAAGAAGGGCUUUACCGCCACUACUUGCAGUCUUCAAAAGAUGCCCACCCGAAAUGUGUCGAGUGUGAUCUUGGAUUCAAAAACGACGCAGUAUAUGCAACGCAUCGCCAAACAUCCCACCCAGAGCCGCCCCGCCCUGUUUCUCCACCAACUUCCUAUCGUUGUCCUUUGUGCAACAACGUCUUCAAGCUUCAGUUAGCAUUGGAUGACCACACGGCCGCGAAACACUCUUUUCAUUGUCUUUUGUGCAACGAUGUCUUCAGGCUUCAAUCGGCAUUGGAUGACCACACGACCGCGAAACACUCUUAUCAUUGUCCUUUGUGCAACGAUGUCUUCAAGCUUCAGUCGGCAUUGGAUGACCACACUGCCGCGAAACACUCUUUUCACUGUGCUUUGUGCAACAAUGUCUUCAAGCUUCAGUCAGCAUUGGAUGACCACACGGUCGCGAAACACUCUUUUGCCUGCGGAAUGUGCGAAUUCGUUUGUCCGGAGGAGGAAGUUCUCAGAGAGCACAUCGCCUCGGCGCACUCGUGCCCCAUUUGUCAUGAGGGCAUCUUCGCCAACAUAGACCUUUUAAACGAGCACCUCGCGGACCACGCUGCUCCCUAUCGUUGUGAAGUCUGCCAAACGAGGUACGCCGAGGAAGAAGGCCUACGUCAGCACUACAAAGAGUCCCCAGAUGUCAUACAUCCGUCUUGUACGAGAUGUGACUUGGGUUUUCAGGAUGAAGGCGAAUACCAUAAUCACACAGAAAUGAUUCACCCUCAGGUAUCCUGUCACCUGUGUGAAGGAGCAUUAUUUGAUCCUGGGGAGCUUUCUAUGCACUACUUGACAUCUCGCAACCAUCCCGUGUGCGACAGAUGUCAAGUCGGAUUCAGUGAUCAAGCUGAAUUUGCUAUGCACGGCGCGACAGAACAUCCAGAGGCAUACUGCCACCUAUGCCAGUGGCAGUUUGAGUGCUCCGAGUCGUUGCAGAAUCACAUCCGACACUUCGUAGCACACCCCAAGUGCAUGGACUGUGAGCUGAGAUUCGCAGAUGCGGAUGCCUAUCAACACCAUCUGUUUGUCGUGCACAGGCCACGCAGUAGUGAGCCUGUAACAAGGCAAGAUUUCGACCCCGAUGCUUUGGAUAACGGCGACGGAAUAGUUCAUUCCGAAAAACACUUUUUUAGUCCCUUUUCUCCCAGUCGAGUCGACUCGACAUGGGGUUUUUCUGUUGAUCGUGACCUCCCCUAUGCCCCGUCCAUCCCUUUGCCUCCGAGUGCCAGUGGAUACUCCAGCCCUCUGUCCCAGAGGGUUCUGACACGUUCAAGCGUGGGGUCGCGGUCGUCCUCCAGGACGCUUUCGCCGCCUCCGAUCUGUGGCAUCAAAGUCUCACAGCUGGAGACUGGGCAUACCAUGGAUCAUUACGAGUCCCCAGACUUUGAGCACUCACCGCUUUCCAAUAUACCUGCAGUUGGUACACCGUUGAUAUCAAGCACAGACUUCCGUAGCCCCUUCAGUCCGCGCCCGGACCCUCCAGCACUCUUUCCUUCUCAGGAGCUGAAUGGCGCCAGUCACAGCGAUCAAGAAUCUACUGCUUCUGCGAGGUCACCUGAGACAAACUCUCCGGUGAUAAAACUUCCCGAAAACGGCGCAUCGCCGAUGUCGAGCUCUGGGUGGUCCACAUUAAGUGGCGAGGAUGCGUCGAGGAUGUCAGACAAAUCGGAUGACUCACCAAGUCAUCGACCGAUGGGCCUUGGUGUGCCUAUGCUUCGCUUGCAAGUACCUGUGCCUAACGGGGGUUCUCAGACAGCCAGUAUUUUGGCGACGCCAAGCUCCAUUUCACCUGAGUCUGCGGGCAUUGAUAUUUCUGCGAAUGUGACCCCCGACUACUUGCGGGAAGCUCGUGCAUACCUUGCUGUGACUCAUCCAGGACAGGCACCUUCAACUGUGAAUCAUGUUCAUAGCCCGGCCAUGACAUCUCCCAGUUUGACUUCAAUCGGCCUCACCACAGCCUCUCGCGAGCGACGCCGUGAAGUACGAUUUGAGGAUAGUAUUAUGUCGGAGCCGUUGUGGGAAAACCGAUCAUCUGAUUCGACCGAUUCCUCCUUCGAUCCUCCUGUGCUUCAAGGCAGGCGAAAAUAUGGCGUACAAAAGAAAUCAGGUGCCAGUAAACUUCCUCGUUUUGCACCACUCAAACCGGGAAGAGUUGCGGGAAGGAACGGGAUCAAUCAUUUAACGAAUGGCACAAGUUCUCUCUCUCCCUAUCACUGCAGGAUUUGUCGACGGGAGACAUGCGAGGAUCUGACGACGACGACUUGUGGGCACCUGAAUUCGUAGGUGCAUCACAGAUGCGGUGAUACGAGACUCGCGAUGUCCCGUGUGUAGGGAUGCGGUUUUGCUUUACUGUUUGUUCCGCAUCGACACCACCGCGACCUGCCAUGACUGAGAGUGACUGAUGAUGAGUAGUCGAUCUAUGUAGUAUUCGGGUCUUGCCUGUCUGUCGUGCAUUGUCGUGGAGUACCGAUUUCGACGCUGGUAGUCAUUCUAUAAAAUCUGUCUCGCAAUUUCCAACGUGACAUUGCGUGACUACCUGUGACGACUGCCGGUACCCUCUGCACUCACAUCAGCCUCAAACAUCAACUCGUAUUGCGUGUGGGCACAUGAAGAGUGAGUUCAGGGCAGAAAAGACUCAAAUCUGAAGCAAAGUAUGCA